GCCUAAGAAAGUACGUUCCUCAGUAGACACAAUUUCACUAUGCUGCUUAAGCCACAAUUGUACAUAUGGUAGCGGAAAGGGAGGAGUUUUUAUAAAUGAUAAACAGCAUUUGUGUUUAGUGGUUUUUGUUGUAAGAUUUGCUGCUUCUAUCUGUGUUUCCUAGCAAUAGCAAUAGUAGCUAAGUACCUACCCUUGGAAAUACUUUGUGUAAAAACUUCUGAAAAAUUAUAAACCUUGAAAGCUUUAAAUGAUGCUUUCAUGUUUAUAGGAACUUAUUUUUGUGUGGAGCAAUUAACUACAAUAUUUGUGUAGCUUUAAGACAAAGAUCCAUAAUUAUUAUAUUGAAUGAGACUUUUUUCAACUUGGAAACUUUUUCUGGCCAAUCUGUAGACUUAGACAUAAAUUCAGUUUCAAAGAAGAAAAGCAGACCUGCAAACUGGUAUCUUCAUUCAACUUGAUUUGUUUCAUCAAAAAUAGAUGUAUAAGAUGUUUUGCAUUAAUAAUCUUAACAUACUUUAUUAGCUACAGUCAGUCAGUUUUAGUAAAAUUUGUGUCUGUUCAGUACUUUAUUUUAGACUAUAGAUGCCUAGAUGCACACAUUCAUACAUAUGAUCUAGGACUAGAGAUGCAGGAUGGGCUACAAAUCACAGCUAUUAUUUGUCUCCAGGCUCAAGGGGCAGAAUUUGCAAGCUUUUUAUUAGCUUUGUUAUUUUUUAAUUAUUUACUUAAAAGUUUUGGGAUAAUUCUGGGAUAUAAAUGAUUGCAAUAAAUAUUUUCUUUUUGGUAAUAUGUUUAUUUCAUUUCUAUAGAUGCAUAGUUUUAGCUGUAAGCCAUCCUAUUUGUGUCUAAAUAAAAUUAGAGAAUAUGAAUAAAAUUAAAACACACUUCCAGUAUAUGUUUUAGUAACUCAGUGACUUUAAUGGUACUUAUGACCAUGUAUAUUGGGAUUCAUUCUGAUUUACAAGCAAGGUAUUGUGUGUGCAAGACCUCGCUUACAACAGUUCAUUUAGUGACUGUUUAAAGUUACACUAACACUGAGAAGUGACUUAUGACAAUUUUUCAGUUACAAGUUUUGCAUCUGCAUGAUCAUGUGAUCAAAACCCAAGAUGCUUGGCAACUAGUUCAUAUUUAUGACCAGUGCUCUGUCCCAAGGUCAUGUGAUCCCCUUUUGCCACCUUCUGACAGUCAACGAGGAAGCCAGAUUCACUUAGCAACCAGGUUAUUAACUUAUCAACUGCAAUGUCCAAUAGGCAUGACAUGGCAUUUUGGGUUCCUGCUGUUUAAACCCACAGUCUCAAGCUGAUGUUCAAGGCCUUUAUUUCUCAUAUUCCUCGAAGAAACUCACGGUGGCCGACAUGGAUUCAAAAAUCACUUUCAUCCUUGUAAAAGUCUGAGUAGCACUAUUCAAAUCGUCUAGUAAGCCCCAGACCGAAUAGGGACUGAGCCCGGAUUUUCCCCUACCAAGACUCCAUCCAGGGAAUUUAUCAGCGAGUUUUAUUUCCGAAUAAAACUGUAGAGAUUUGCAUUAUAUUCCAGAUUUUAAAAGGGCGAAUACGAACGUCUGCGGUAACUACAGACACUGGCCGCUUGCACAUCUCCACGUACGGUGUUUCCCCCUCCCCUUGCAAUUCUGGUUUACCCAGAAACCUACCCCAUGCACUUAAUCGGAUGCCAUCCCUGGAAAACAUGCCCCAGCUUUACUUUCAGUCUCCGCGGGGGACUUUUUCGCGAGUUAACACGGGGAAGCUACGCAACUCUCAAGGUCACCGGCAAAUCUGGAAAGGGAGUUUGGGGAGAACCGUGUAAUCUCUGAAAGCCAUCAUCUCGCUGUUGUUGAACGCUCCCUCGCUUUCUCCGCCUCUCCCUACUAACGUAGGCAAAGAACCACGAAAGCUCCUCCUUUUCCUGCUGGACUCCGCCUGUAGCUACCGCUCUCCUCAGCGGCGAACAACCGGCGCCAACUGUUCCUACCGCCGGAGUAGGCUGUGCGGCGCUUCUUUUGCUGGGGAGCUGCGGCGCCGAGAGAGCCCCUCCCUCUUGCUGGGAGGAGGGAGGCUGGGGAGAGGAGGAGGAGGAACAACGCGCCGGGAUCUCGCCGUCGUGUGGGCUGCGUGUCCCUGGAUUGGCUUCGGUGCAAGCAAUAAAAGAGGAGCCGCUCGCCCGGCGGCCUCCUCCCUGCAACGGAGGCAUGUUUUGUGCCUCUUUGCUAGCCCGGCCUGGCGGGAGCUGCCUGAACGCCUCCGCUUCUCCUUUGCAGCGGCUGGACGUGCGUCGGUGGUUGACUUCGGUGGCCAUCAGGGCUCCGCCUGCUGCUCCAAGGAAGCGCCAGCCGCUGGAUGAAGGUUCCCGCAGGAGAAGGUGCACUGGGGGUACCCCGGAGGUCGGGACGAAGUGGAUCAAGCCCAGCGGCCAAGACACCGGGAUCCAGAUCUAUAACAGCUUGAGCAGAAGCAAAGAGCCUCUUAUCCUGGGAAAUGCCAACGUGGUGACUUGGUACAGCUGUGGGCCUACUGUAUAUGAUCAUGCACACCUUGGGCAUGCUUGUUCCUACGUAAAAUUUGACAUAAUUCGAAGAGUAAUGACAAAGAUAUUUGGAAAAGAAGUAGUGAUGGUGAUGGGGAUUACAGAUGUAGAUGAUAAAAUAAUUAAAAGAGCAAAUGAGAUGGAAAUCUCCCCAGAAACUCUUGCUCGUUGUUAUGAGGAGGACUUUAAACAAGAUAUGGCUGCCCUAAAGGUCCUUCCUCCCACAAUUUAUAUGAGAGUAACUGAAAAUGUUCCUCAGAUAAUUUCUUUUAUACAACAACUUGUUGCUAAUGGAUAUGGUUAUGCAACUGCACAAGGUAAUGUUUAUUUUGAUGUCCGUUCUAGGGGAGACAGAUAUGGAAAGCUAACAAGGAUUUAUCCUGAGACCCAAGAGGAAUUUGGGUUUAGUGAUAAGCGCCACAUGAAGGAUUUUGCUCUCUGGAAAGCAGCCAGACCUCAUGAGAUAUGUUGGGAUUCCCCCUGGGGGAAAGGAAGACCUGGCUGGCACAUUGAAUGCUCUACAAUAUCAAGUCUAGUGUUUGGGGGACAUUUGGAUAUCCAUAGUGGUGGUAUAGAUCUGGCAUUUCCUCAUCAUGAAAAUGAAAUUGCUCAAUGCGAGGCUUAUCAUCAGUGUGAACAAUGGGGAAAUUAUUUUCUACAUUCUGGGCAUCUGCAUAUUAAAGGGAGUAAAAAAAUGUCAAAAUCAUUAAAAAACUACAUUACAAUUAAGGAUUUUCUAAAAGAAUUUUCAUCUGAUCAGUUUAGAAUGUUUUGUUUGCGGACCAAAUACGGCUCAGGAAUGGAAUAUAGUAAUGAUACCAUGAAUGAUGCAAAGAACAUUCUUCACAUAAUACAUUCUUUUAUAAGUAGUGCCAAUGCCUACAUGAAAGGACAGUUUGACUGUGAUGCCAUUAGGGAAGAUGAACUUUGGGAGAAACUAGCUCUUACUAAGACAACAGUAGAGGCAGCAUGUGCAGAUGACUUUGACACUCCCAGGGCUAUUCGUGCAAUUUUGGACCUCAUUCACUAUGGCAACAGACAGCUUAAAACCGUCACUAAGGAAACAAGAUCCCCUAGAAGUGCUGUUGUGUUUGGGGCCAUAGUCUCCUACCUGAUGGAAUUUUUUAACACAGUUGGAAUCACCUUUGCUGAAAGUCAGGUUCUCUCCGAACACAAGCAUUCAGCUUUGCUCUCCAGUGUGAUAGAUGAACUAGUGAGCUUCCGAAUCAAAGUGCGUAAUUUUGCCCUUGCUACCCCUGAAGUUGAAGAAAGUCUAUCUGUCCAAAAUGUUGACCUCUCAGAAAAAGUAAAACUGCAGCAGAAAGAGGAAAGGCGUCAACGGUUGCAGGAGAGAAUGCCCCUUCUACUAGCAUGUGACCGCCUUCGACAAGAUUUAGCCAUAUAUGGCAUCAACAUAAAGGAUAGAAGUUCUACUUCUACAUGGGAACUUGAACAAAAUCAAUAAUGAACUGGAAAAGCACUGAUAAAAAGACAGAUGUACAUUUGGAGUGAUUAUAAUCAUUUUUAAAGAAAAGCCGGAUCACAGGAUAAAGACUAUUGCCCCUUGGAUUGCUGGACUUUUAUUCUAAAGCAAUUUAAAUAAAAUAUUGUCAAAAAGUCUAGUUUGGUGAUUUGAGGAAUACAAGCAUUGAUUUACUGAUUGAGAUCUGUUUUAUCUGCUUUACUGACUGAGAAUUCAGUUACUGCAGACAAGUCUACAAUAGUAGCAAUUUUCUAGUGAACCUUGGUCAGCUCUAAUGAUUCAAGCUUAUUCCCAUCUGUUAUAAUCAUAUGGUUGAAAUGAACCUCUUUACAUUUUCACACUUUUGAAUGAUUUUGACAGAAGUGUAACAUAAUUAAAGUAUGGUUUAGUUUAACAUCACCAAAAGUACCAAAUGAAGUGAAUUUUUGAGAACGGGGAUGAAUUAUAGAUUUUAUAUUUUAACAUCAAAAGUCUACUUUGUCAGCAGUAGCAGAAUUUCACAUCGGAUUUAACUGUUUUUCUUUGGCUGAUAUCAAAUGAGCAUUUCAAGAACUGAAGCACAGAGCAUGGUCUGUGGAAGUUGAAGCUGUCCUCAGCAGGUGCCUUGUUCCCUACAGUGUCAAGAAACAUUCAGAUGAACAGAGCCAAUGGCAAAGCAGAUACAUUUGGGCUUUUUGAAGACAGCAUAUUUUUUUAAAUAUGUGGAAAAGAUCAAGUAACAAGCACAGGUUGGAAAGUGUAGAAGCAAGGGGUAUUAAGAAAAGAGUUUCCCAAAAUAGGCAGGUCCCGUAUAAUAUCUGCAGUUCAGUGCUCUUCGUUGGUUCAUUCCCUCAAAAAGAAGAGACUAAUGUUUUAACCAAAGGAUACAAUACUUGCCCAGAAAAUGUUGGAUGACACUUGUUUUCAGAAAGGCCCUGCCUUAUGCCACUGUAGCCCCCCCAUUAAAUGACUAUAUACUUUCUGUGACUGAUUACAUUGAUCAGAAACAGAAAAGGUUUAGGUAGUUUUUCUGCAGAAUUCCUUAGAGCUUGUGUGUAACCUUUUGAAAUGUUGCUAUCUAUGGACAUUUCUGUUGUUUAGGCUAUUCUGAUUCAUGUUGCUCAUAGAAAAGCAAACAAAAGAACGAUGAAAUCACAAUAAACAUUCUGUUUACAAACUUAGCAAUUUUAGAGUUUUUCUCUGUGCUGUAUAUUCUUUUCCCAAUUCCUCAAAAAAAGCACAUAUACAGUCAUGUGAAAAAGUAAAUAUAUCCAUAUAGGGUUUUUUUGGGGGACAUAUAUGUAGAUAUAACAUUUUUAGUAUAUAAAGUUGGUAUCAUUUUAGCCAUUGUCUAUCCACUGCAGGAUGAAGGCCACUUCUGCAUUUUCCAUCCAAUACGGUACUGAGCUUCCUUUUGCCAACUGAGCUCACAAUACUUGCUGAUGUUGUAGCUCCAUCUUUUUUUAGGUGUGUUUCAUGGAUGCUAAAACAAGUUGGAUUGAUGAAUCAGCAAGUAUUGCGGGCUCAAUUGGCAAAAGAAAGCUGAAGAGGCCUUCAUCCUGCAAUGGAUAGACAAUGGGUGGAAUGAUGGAUGAUUACAUCAAUUUUAUAUACUGAAAAUAUGUCCAUGUACAUGUCAAAAUAUGUUGAUAUAAUUGAACUGAAAUAUGAAAAAUUGACAUUGCAAUAGUUUUUUCAAUAAAAAUUAACAGGUACGCCAUUUCUUUCUAUGAAAAAGUAAAUACACUUUUGGCAGAAACCACUUCUCAUUAUUGUCUACCAAUCUCUGGAGAGGUUUUUCCAUGCCUCAUUCAGAAUUUUUUUCAGCUGUGAAAUGUUUGAAGGUUUCUUGUAUGCAUACCAUUGCCAAUCACUACAGCAUCUUGAUAUCAUUUAUAUGUGUGUUUUGGCUAUUUAAGCACUUUCAUUUUUUUUCUCCAGCUAUUCUUUGGUGGAUUCACAAGCAAUAGCAAUAGCACUUAGACUUGUAUAUCACUUCACAGUGCUUUACAGCAUUCUAAGCAGUUUAGUCAGUAUACUGUCCCCAACAAUCUGGGUCCACAUUUCACCAACCUUGGAAGGAUGGAAUGCCGAGUCAACUUUGAGCUGAUGAGAAUCGACUGUUUAAGGUCAUUGUCCAAUUGCUUGGCCAUUUUUUCAAAUCCCUUCCUAGAUUCAUAGGCAUCUAUAACCUUAUUUUCUGAAUGCCUCAGUACUUGAAGAGAAAAUAAAACGAAAAGCAGAAUGAAAUGGUGGUUUUAAGACGACAAGUUUCUCCCUGAUCCUGUCAUUAUAGGUAGUCUUCAACUUAUAACCAGUUUAAUGAUCACUUAAAGUUAUGUUGGUGGUGAAGUGUGACUUACAAGGUCCUUGCUGUUGCAGCAUCCCCAGAAGCACAAUCAAAAAUCAAGCACUUGCCAAUUGGCAUGCAUUUAUGACAGUUACAGUAUCCUAGUGUCAAAUUAUGAGUUUCCCAGCCAGCUUCCAACAAGCAAAAUCAAUUAGGGAUGUGGAUUCACUUAACAAUUGCAUGGUUCACUUAACCAAUUGGUUUUCUUAGUGACUACAGCACAAAGGUCAUAAUC